AUGCCGGACGGGUCUUCGCGCACCCCACUCCGCUCGGGGGGCACGUUCAACACUCUCGCCCGAGAACACCUGUUCAAAAACCCCCCUAAGGACGGCGCAGCCGUUCCCAUCCUCAAUGAAUUUGUCACUCCGCACAUUGAAUCUUUCAAUGCUUUAUUCGACGACUCCGGUCUGCCUGCUGGGGAUGGAGAUGGGCGCGGGCUGCUCUCACUUGGUAUCAAGGAGAUUGGUGAGCGAGUCGUCUUUGACGGCAAGGGCGAAGUAGGAUCGGAGAGUGGUCAAACUGGCUGGGGCAAUCGUCUAAGCAUGUGGUACGAGCAGGUUACAGUUGGGCGGCCGCAGGUUUCCGAAAAGGACCAGCAAGUCAGAGACACCAAGGUGUACCCUGCUGAGGCGCGUGAACGCCUUACCUCGUAUCGCGGUCGUAUGAUGGUCAAGCUGUGCUGGAGAGUGAACGACGGUCCCGUUGAAGUCGAAACGAAGGAUUGCGGUUUACUACCCAUCAUGGUUCGGUCCACCCGCUGCAACCUGCGCGGAAUGUCCUCCGCGGAUCUUGUGAAGAAACACGAAGAACCAGAAGAGUUCGGCGGGUACUUUGUCAUCAACGGUAACGAACGUCUUAUUCGCUAUCUCAUUCUACCUCGCCGACACCAUGCUAUUGGUCUUGUUCGACCCUCUUUCACCAACCGUGGCCCUUCCUAUACUCCCUAUGCUGUACAAAUUCGUUGCGUGCGACCCGACCAGACGAGUGUCACUAACACUCUCCACUAUCUGUCAAAUGGAAGUGCAAUGCUACGAUUCAGCUGGCGGAAGCAAGAGUAUGUCGUUCCAAUUAUGCUCAUUCUGAAAGCGCUCGUAUCUGCAUCGGACAAGGAAAUCUUUGAGGGUGUAAUGAUGCAAGACUACGACGACACGUUCUUGACCGAUCGCGUCGAACUUCUGUUGCGCAGCUUCAAGAUGUACGAGUUGCGUACUGGAGACCAGUGCCUGGAAUUCUUGGGCAACAAGUUCCGGGUCGUUCUGAAUAUGCCGGAGGAUUGGACAAACAAGGCCAUUGGUGUCUGGCUCGUCCAGAAAGUCAUUCUUGUUCACCUAGAGUCCCCUCGAGAGAAGUUCCGGAUGCUCCUUUUCAUGCUGAGGAAACUAUACGCUCUGGUCUCGAAAUCAUGUUGUGUCGAUAACCCGGACUCUCCUCAGCAUCAAGAAGUUCUCCUUCCCGGCAUGUUGUAUGGCAUGAUCAUCAAGGAGCGACUAGAGGAGGCAUUGAAUGGUUUCUGGAGCGGGAUUCGGCAAGACGUCCAGCGGUCCGAGGCAUCUGUUGACUUCUUUGAUAAACGGUACAUCAAGAAGGUCCUUGCCAGGACCAACUUCGACAUCGGGGCGAGAAUGUCAAACUUCUUGGCCACUGGCAAUUUGGUAUCCCCUUCCGGUCUGGACCUUCAACAAGCAUCUGGGUUCACAAUCGUUGCGGAGAAACUGAAUUGGCAGCGUUACAUCAGUCAUUUCAGGUCUAUCCACCGUGGUGCCUUCUUCGCUGAGCUCAAGACAACGACGGUCCGAAAGCUGCUUCCAGAGGCAUGGGGUUUCCUAUGUCCUGUACACACGCCAGACGGUUCUCCGUGUGGUCUCCUCAACCACUUAUCACGCACAUGUCGUAUCGUCACAGCACCACUAGCUGUUGCGCAUAUACCUGCCUUGCUAGCGGCGCAUGGUAUGACUCAAGCAUUCAUUCCCUUUGUCGACGGUCGCAAGAAUCUGUGUGUGCAGCUGGACGGUCGGGUGGUCGGCUGGGCGCCCACUGCCGUUCUGCAGCGACUUGCAACAUCUCUCCGAAUAUGGAAGACAGAAGGCAAGCACAACGUGCCCCUGGAUUUGGAGAUCGGGUUCGUGCCUGUGUCGCACGGUGGACAAUACCCUGGGCUGUAUCUAUUCUCUUCCCGGGCACGCAUGAUGCGUCCAGUGAAGUACGUCGCGAAUGGACGAGACGACCAGAUUGGCUCGUUCGAGCAGGUCUACAUGGACAUAGCAUGCACGCCCGAGGAGAUCGAACAGAGUGUGUCAACCCAUGUCGAGCAUGCACCAACAAAUUUCUUGUCUAUCUUGGCCAACCUCACCCCUUUCUCCGAUUUCAAUCAGAGUCCCCGAAAUAUCUAUCAGUGCCAGAUGGGGAAGCAGACGAUGGGAACUCCUGCGACAGCUAUUCAGCACCGAACAGACAACAAGCUGUACAGGCUCCAGAGUGGGCAGAGCCCCGUUGUGCGACCCGCCCUGCAUAAUACAUAUGGUAUGGAUUCCUUCCCGAAUGGCACCAACGCCGUCGUUGCCGUAAUAUCCUAUACGGGGUACGAUAUGGAAGACGCCAUGAUUCUGAACAAAUCCGCACAUGAGCGAGGUUUCGCAUACGGUACUGUGUACAAGUCGUAUACGGUAGAUCUCAAAGACAUGCCUGGAGCCCCGCGGCACUCAACGUCACCGACGCUGCACUUCGGCUUUGGCUACGACAUCAGAACUGAAGGGGAGAAGCAACAUCCAAAUUGCGAGUUCUUGGACCUCGAUGGAAUCCCCUUCAUCGGUGCUCGACUGUCUCCUGGCGACCCUAUCGCUGCCUACGUUGAUGACACCACUGGUCGAACUAAGUUCGUCAAGUACAAGGGCGACGAGAUAGCAUACGUUGACACAGUACGCAUUAUAUGCGCCGAUGCUGGCGACGCGGAACUGCAGAAGAUCAACCUCACGCUGCGAAUAACGCGUGCCCCCGUCAUUGGAGACAAGUUCUCCUCUCGACACGGGCAAAAGGGUGUCUGCUCACAGAAAUGGCCGGCCAUCGACAUGCCAUUCAGUGAAAGCGGCAUGCAGCCAGACGUUAUCAUCAACCCGCACGCUUUCCCGAGUCGUAUGACUAUCGGCAUGUUAGUCGAGAGUAUGGCAGGCAAGGCGGGCGCUAUGCAUGGUCUGGCGCAGGACGCCACUCCUUUCCAGUUCACAGAGGAGGAUACGGCAAUCGACUAUUUCGGCGAGCAACUGCUCGCGGCUGGCUACAACUACUACGGCAAUGAGCCGAUGUACUCUGGCAUUACGGGCCAGGAGUUCGCGGCUGACAUCUACAUCGGCGUCGUGUACUACCAGCGUCUGCGACACAUGGUGUUGGACAAGUUCCAAGUGCGGACAACAGGUCCUGUCGACCCCGUUACAAGACAACCAGUGAAGGGACGUAAACGGGCAGGUGGCAUCCGUUUCGGCGAGAUGGAGCGUGACGCGCUCAUCGCGCAUGGCACCUCCUUCCUCCUCCAAGACCGUUUGAUGAACUGCUCCGACUACUCGACCGCUUGGGUCUGCCGCACCUGUGGCAGCCUCAUCUCCCUUGGCUACGAUGACGUCAGCCUCGGCGAGAUGGUCGUCGGGGCCUCUGGCAAGCUCAAACCUACCGGGCCUGGUGGCGAGUACUGCCGCGUAUGUCGCGCCGCAGCGGAAGGGGAAGACGCGCGCGCACGGCAGGCUCUUGCGAACGGAGAGAACGGGCGCUCGGCGGCGCACAGCGACCUCAGGGUGGCAAUAUCGUCGCAGCAUGUGCUGGGGCCUGCUACAAAAGGAGGGGAACUCGACAUCGUCGCCGUCCCCUACGUCUUCAGAUACCUAUGUGCGGAGUUGGCGUCGAUGGGCAUCGCUAUUUCACUGGAGGUCCGGUAG